CUGUUGUGCAAGUUCAUUCUGUGGUAAAUUUCAUUCAUUUUACUGGUUUAGACGAUCAGAUUUUUGAUUGUUGUUAACAUGCAAUUGAAAACUGGCCUAAUUCCCAUCUUAUAUUUUUUAAUAAAGCAGUUCUACUGUCAGCAGUUACAUCAGUCCGCCAGCAGAGGGCCUCAUCACUCCAGAUUCACAGCCAGAUUCAUUACAGUAGCCAAUCUCAUUAUUCCUAAGAAUUUAUUAUGCAUCCCCAACUGCAAUUAUGAGCAUAAUAAACUUUCUCAUUUGAGAAUUAUAAGGAGUUAUUAUGUAUCUUAAUUUUAUUGUGCACUGUGUUGUUGCUGAGAAGCAGAUGCCUGUAACACUUGGCAGAGUGAUUGGCAAAGUGAACAGUGAAGUGAAAAUGUUGUGGCUAUUUCGUAAUGUAAUAUUUAGUUGUAUCAAAAUAUGGAACAGGUCUUAAAGGCUGCAGUUACCAAAGUCUAUUUUCUCAAUCAAGAUUUGAGUCACGUGUUCAGAAAUGCGUGUUUUCUCUAGCAGGUAUAUAUGUUUUACACUUUAUUAAUUUUGGUAGGCUAGGAAAGACACUAAUGUUUGUAUCUAUAAAGAAACUUCCAAAAAUAGCCCCUAUGUGAAUGGGCAAUCAGGAUAAAGCUAAGCAAGUAUUUUACUAUUAGCAACUUUUACAUUCAGAAUCUAACAGAAGUUUAAAUACUCUUUAAUAAACUCUUGAAUUGGUGAAAAUUAACUUUGUAUAAAAACAUAUUCUUAUUAUUCUUUAAUGGAUGCAAAAAGAAUAUAAGACUUUUAUUGUUAUUACUCGUUACAUGAAUACAUGACAAAACAUCUUUGAGUUACACCUGAUCUCCGUCGGUCACGUGAUGUGUUCGCGCACAGUCACUUGAUUCGCCAUUACCUGCGGGAAUGUCGCUGUGAUUUACACUAAAUCUCAACAUGUCGUCUUCAAGUGCCACACCAGAAACAGAAGAUCCUGAUGAGGUUCAGACAAUGAAAAGAAGUUAUAGUUUUUUGUUUAAACAUCCAAAUAUGAGAAGGAGGAUGGUGCUGGUUGGAAGGACUGGAGCAGGUAAAAGCUCUUCUGGAAACACAAUCCUGGGAAGAAAAGCCUUCAGAGCCGCCAGAAAAGCUUCAUCUGUAACUAAAGAGUGCUGGAAAGAGACUGGAGAAGUGGCGGACCAUCAGCUGGUGCUGGUUGAUUGUCCCGGGAUCUUUGAUACGUCACUCUCGGAUAGAGAACUCAUAAGGGAGAUCAGUAAGUGUAUAAACAUGACGGCACCUGGACCUCACGCUAUUGUCCUGGUCAUUCAGCUCGGUCCGUUCACUGAAGAAGAACAACGUUCAGUGGAGAGGAUCAGGGCUAUAUUUGGACAAGAAGCAGAUAAACACACAAUCAUCCUCUUCACACACGGUGAUGAACUGACAGAAGACAUUGAGAAAACUCUGAGUGAAGCAGGACCUGAUUUAACACAGCUCAUUAAAUCAUGUGGCAGACGGUAUCAUGUGUUCGACAACACAAAAAUUGAUGAUCGCAAACAGGUUUUGGAGUUCCUGGAUAAGGUUGAUGACAUGUUGCACAAGAAUGAUGGUAAAUAUUACACCAGUGACAUGUUUCAGCGUGCAGAAAAAAUGCUGAAUGUCGAAGAAGAAAAGCAUAAGGAACAAUGCAAACAGAAGAUACAGGAACUAACAGACCAAUUUAAUAAAGAAAAGACCAAACUGGAGGAGAACAUUAAACAACUGAAGGAAUCCGGGCAGACAAAAGACCUGAAGAUUAAAGAGCUGGAGGAGCAAAUGAAAAUGAAGGAGAGACAUUUUGAAGAGUCUAAACGUUAUUAUGUGCAGAAACGCAAGAAUAUGAGACAGGAGGUGGAAGAGACACAAGUGAAAGAAAACAUGCCAGAGAUCAGCAGAAAACUACAAAAGCUUCGUUUCUGACAUAUGUGACAUAAAAUUACUGAGCCCCAAGUCAGUGGAUAUUAACUCUUUCCCCACCAUUGACGGGGUUUUCACUGCAUUAUUACACAUCUUCUGAAAGAGUACUGAAUCUCCUGAUCAAAUCUGAAGAAGCAGAAAUAAGAGAUAUCAUAUUUAAAAUAAUGCGAUCAUCAACAUUAAACAGCAUAUAAAUCUGCCUAAUGUUACUGAAUGAAAUAUCGACCCAGGACGAGCUAUAGACUGUGAAGCUUUGGGGGUGUUGAUGGACUCGAUCUACUCCAUCUGUGUUUUGAUCAUCGUUCUGAAUCUGAUCCAGAUGCAGUCUUUGACAAAAACACAAUUUUCUCAGCUUUAUGCUCAAAAUUUUGCUUUUUUUAAUGACACUUAACCAUAUUCAAGUGUCAAUGCAUGAUAUAACCUCUGAAUAUACUGUUCUUGCUGAUUGCAUAAUUUAUUUGCAGUCUCUGCAAGUGGGAGGGUUCUUUACUUUAUUUCUUUCUUCAUCAUGUUUGAAGUCUUAAAGUGUUUGAAUCACCUUGAUUUUUCAGUGGGUUUUAGUGCAACAUCAUAAGCAAACAUACAGUAUAUAUAUAUAUAUAUAUAUAUAUAUAUAUAUAUAUAUAUUACUGUGUGUGUGAGUGUGUAUUUUCUUUGUACUUGUGCUAUCUUUCUUAAAAAUUAUUUUUUAUAAAGUAAUGUAAGGGCUCAUAUAUUUUUAAAUGUGAGAAAACAUGCUUUGAGGCAUGUGUGCUUCAUUAUGUUAUUCAUGAGAAUGUUUAAAGAAUGUUCUUUUAAAAUAUACUAAUGGAAAUUAGCUAUAGUACAUAGAUAUAGAGAAAUAGAUAUAGUACAAGUAGUACAUAAUGCAUAGGCCUAUUGUACAAAAGAACAUUGAAAUAAUAAUUAGGGCCCAAGCCACUAAGUUGGGGCAUUUUGGGGGCCUUAACGUGUUCAAAAACUCUUGAAAAUUGGCACACACAUUGGAAUCUGUGGCUAUUAGGAUGCCACAGAGGCUGGGACCCAGGUGUGGAAAACUUGGUCCAUAUAUCAAACACGCUUGCACGUAUUAGUAUGAAACUCUGUACACAUAUAGACCUCAUCGGGCCUAACAACUCAAAGUUAUACACCGGCUCAACAGGAAGUCAGCUAUUAUGGGUUAUUUGAAAAUCGCAUGCUCUGGAAUUUGAUAUACUCCUCCUAGGCGAAUAAUCCGAUCAACACCAAACUCGGUCAGCAUGAAGUCCAGACAUUGAUGAUGCUAAAUUGCGGUUUGGCCAUGGUGAGGCAACAAAUUUAUGGUGAGAUAAGGGAAACAGGAAGUGUGUUAUAACUUCUGCAUACUUUGAUUUUGAUUAAACUUUAGCAGUGCGUUCAUUGUAGGAGUCCGAUCACAUGGAUGUGACUAUUGUGAGUCAAAGUUAUAGCGCCACCAACCGGCAACAGGAAGUGUGUCACCUUCAAAAUGCUUUGAGAUCACCUUCUUAUUUUUACCCGAUUUGCUUCAAACUUCAUUAGAAUAAUGUAAAAACAUGGCGGAUGUAGACCUGUGAAAAUAUUUUUGAUAUUUUUCAAACACUGUUGCCAUAGCAACAGAUCAAACUUUAAUAUUUGUUUUGGAUGCUUUUGUUUAAUAUUUGUUGUAGCAUGCUUCAAAUUGCAUGGAAUUUGACACACGUCAAGAUUGUCAUCCAGUAGACAUGGGCAAAGCCUUAGAAAUGGACAGGGAGGAGGGCCUUUAUAGCGCCACCUUUUGACAAAAGUGGGGGGGUUUAACCUACAGUCACCAAACUCGGUACACAUGAAGAGUUUGGUUCCAAAACACUAUAAAUCCAUUUUGAUUAAUUUGAGUAAAAAGGUGUUUUCUUUACCAAGAAAGCGGCAAGAUGAAAACCACUAUUUUCUGUUUCAAACUUUCACAUAAAAACAUUAAAAAUUCAAAUCUAGAUUUUGAUUUUAAAAGGUUUAUUAUAAAAACGGAUUAUUUUUUCCCCAAAAUGCAAUAAAUCCAUGACACAUUCUUUUUUUUUUCAAAAUGCAAUUAAUCCAUCAAUAUAAAAGCUAUUUUUCAUAUUGAAAAUACACAACAAAGUAAGUUGAUUCACAUAUAUGACAGCCUCUGAACUUGGUUAAUCAUAAUCUUAUAUACAGAAAAACACAUGAAGAGAAGUGUUAGGAUUAUACAACAUCAGCAAUCACAGACAUACGCAUUAAGACUGGAUUACAUUUCUCUUGAGUACUGAGAAGAGAAUUCUGUUGAAUUUGGGCAAAUAACAGUAUUUAAUUUGCUCUGGAAUUUUUUAUAGAGGUUGUCUGAGAAAAACACAGACAUGUCAGAUUAGGAUGAUAUUCUGCACUCAUUUGAAAUUGACCUAUGACAUUCUAUGACAUGAAAGUCAUCUCAAUUUAAACAAUUCCAUGGAUGUGGCUGUUGUUGUUUGUGAUCAUAUGGGCACCAACUGCUGCAGUAAAUGUGGUGUAUUCAAAUGACUUUGACAUAGUCCUUUUAUGUUUCCCCCUUUUAAAUGCCUAUUGCCUGCCAUGCACAGUUGCCCUGAAGCCACCGGGUUGGCGGCGCUACCCGUCAUCUGCCUGCAUUGACACCAUUAUAUGCGAACAGAACUGAGCUGGACGAUGACAUUUCUCCAGUGCUGAUAUAUAGAUAAAUUAACAAAUUAUUGGUUUUUUACAAUGGAAUGAAUCAAUACUGAAUUUUCUUAAACUGGACAAUAACACCAUUUUCUUUAAGAGCUGCUGUGCAGCCAUGAUAUUUACCAGUUAUCACUGUAAAGCUGCUUUGACACAAUCUGCGUUGUAAAAAGUGCUAUAUAAAUAAAGGUGACUUAACUUCA